UACCUGCCCAAGCGAACGGACGCCGCGAUCGCUUGGUUUAGUCCGCUGGUCAGUGGUCAGUAGUCAGCAGUCAGCAGUCGGUUCUGCCCUAGGGAACCGUCUCAAUUUGAAGCAAAGUGAAGCGAAUAUCUCCGUGAUUUUGUUAUUGUGCGUGAUUGCUGAAUCCAAAUCAAAACAAAUUGAGCCCUCGCCAACCAGUUUGGAUAUUAUAACAACGAAGUUGCAAAAGACCCACCAUGAGACGUCGCAAGGUGCUCAUCUGCUGGGCUGCUCUGCAGGCGGGCAGCUCCAUCCUCACCUGCCUGCUCCUCCUGCUGACCACCGGCCAACAUCCGCAUCAGGUGGCAGCCGGAAUUGUGCCACCUCCGUGGAGCGAUCCCGCCAAGAAUCCCUGCGCCAGCAUGUCAGGUGGCUGGCAGCUUCUGUACUGGGCCCCGCUGAAAAAGUGCUUCAAGAUCUUCACCCUCGGCCAUCCAUGUCCGGAAACCAUGGAGCUGAGUCCCACGGCGGUGAGUGCGCGGCGGAAGGAUCUUCCAGCGGCCGAGUGCCGAUGUCCACCGGGCACAGCACUCAGUCCGCUGACCAGUAAUGUCUGCUACACGCUGUACGAACGCGGACCCUGCCAACCCGAGGAGUACUUCCAGCCCAUGCCAGAUCAGGUUAAGAGAUCCGGAAAUCGUUGGGGCACUUGCAAGCGACCACAGCACUGCCCGGAGGACAUGAUCUUCUGGCCGAGGGACAACAAGUGCUAUGCGAGGCACGCCAAGGGUCCCUGCAGUCGUGGAAAACUUCUGGUUCUAAACGAGGACGGACUAGCCGAAUGCCGCUGCGAGAACGAGGGCGAGUUGGCCUCGUUCUAUUAUCCGGCGGAGGAGUCCUGCUACGAGCACUACACCAAAGGACCCUGCUCGACGCCGGGUCACAUCUUCUUGCCCGGCGGCCGAUGCGAUUGCCAGCGGCACUUGCCGCACUAUCAUGCUUCGCAGCAAAUGUGCUACGAGCUGGAUACUCCUGGUCCCUGCCCGCCGGGCCACAUCUUCCGCAUACCAGACGAUGUCCAGGAUACGACUAGCACCCCCCUGCUGCUGUUGCCCCGAGCCCAAUGCCAGUGCAAGGAGGGCUAUGUCCCCUGGAGCGAUGGCAUCUGCUAUCGCCUGUACACAAGGGGUCCCUGUGGCUCCAGUGAGUUCCUGGUCAACGGGACCAGUUGUGUGCGCAACUUCUGCGGCAAGAACCGGCUGUAUUUCCCGGCGGAGGACUCUUGCUACAGGAUUGGAUCUCAAGGCCCCUGUGCCCUGCACCAAGUGGUGAUCUUUGACUUCACCGCCAGGCCAUCCAUCGAUGGCAUCUCCUACAACGGGAUGUGUGGCUGUUCCGGGGUGCUCACCAAUCUGGACCAACAGUGCUCGGGAGAGGGAGCGGAUAAGGAGCAGAACAUAUGCGAAUCCACGCCCGGGAUGGUGGAGAUCAAUGGGCAGUGCCACAAGCUGUAUAGUCGCGGACCUUGCGGCGCGGGUCAGUGGCUGGAGCCACUGAAGUCGCAGACAACGAAUGGCACUUCGAUUUUGGCCCAUGCCAGUCGGGCCAAGUGCGUCUGCCGUCCUGGUUACACGCCCUCGGAGGCGGAUCGGCGCGGCAUGAGCAACUGCAGCGCUCCGAGUGUCAGCCUGGCGAGGUAUUUAACCAACGAGCGACUCAACUCAAAGUUCCUCAAUGAUCUGCACUUUGGUGGGGCCACCUAAAACCCCCGAUCUUCAACUAUCCUCUGUCUGGUUGUGAUGACUCCUAUUCCCCCUCCGCAUGCCUCCCUAUUUCGAUCUAUUCUACACCUUUUCUCUCUGUGUUUUUGUGUUGCAUGCUGAGUGUUAUUCGAUCGAUUCGAUCACUUGUUAUUCAAUUAACCAUUUUGUUCUCUUUUAGGUGGUUUUUAGAAAUAUUCGGUUAACGUGUUCGAUAAGAAGAGAUUGUGCCAUGAAUGUAUUACAUCGACUUAUGUACGAGUUGUAUUUAAGGGAACUCCCCAUAAGGCAAAUAAAACAAUGUGAAAGACUAAACCAUUAAAA